ACUUGUUCUCUCUAUUCGACGGUGAAUCUCUCCCUACCAAUCAACAAUUCUCUCUCUCUCACUCUGUCUCUCUCUCUCUCUGUUGACGUGAUUCGUUCUUUCUCUGUAAGAGAAUUGUGGCGUAUGAGAGAGAAGGGCGCUUGUCUGCCAUGACCCUGAGAUUAUUAUAUGAAAAGAGGAGCUAAAUAAAUUUGUGUGUUUUUGGAGGAUAAUGGUAUUUGAGAACCACUCAAAUACCAUCUUCUUGAUUUUGAGGAUGCCCUCUGUUAGAGAAGAAGACAGUAGUAGUAGUAGCAGCAGGGAGACAAGGGAGGGGGAAGAUAGGGCAUGGAGAAACACCAGUAUCAACAGGAGGUUAGAGAGAGAACAAUCGCCAUCGCGGAUGUGGGGUGCAUUGCUUAUUUUCGGAUUGAUAGGAACCACUUACGCAGUUGGGCAAUUACGUAGGACUGUUUAUUGGCUCUGGUCACAGAUGAGCAGGUCGCAGUCAUACUCCUCAUGGAAGGGUGCAACUAAUAAUUCGAGCUUUAGGGAGGAAGCAUGGAAAAGAUAUAAUCGGCGAAUGCAGGAAGAAUAUGAGGAGGAAAUGGAGAGAGUGGAGCGUAUAAGGCGUAUGCAAAGUGUGUUUAACAGAGAGAGAAACAAGUACAAGAAGAGUUAUGAGAGCUGGAGAGAUUAUGGCCCUGGAGCAUAUCGACAGUACCAGAGGGAUGACUGGUACUGGAAGACUGAUACAUCUUACAAAGAUCAAAAAGCUCACUCCAAAACUCAUCCUAGCGACACUGGAGGUGCAUCACUAUCUCAUCACUAUUCAGUUUUGGGCCUUGACAGGUAUAGAGCCCAACCAUAUACUGAGGUCGAGAUUAAGACUGCUUUUAGAGCAAAGGCCAAAGAGUAUCACCCAGACCAAAACCAGGGGAAUGAAGAGGUGGCCGAGGAAAAGUUUAAAGAGGUGAUGACCUCUUAUGAGGCUAUCAAGUCUGAAAGGAAGAAUGGAAAAGCUUGAUGUUUUUAGCAAUUCUACUGUAAUAUUGGAAAUCAUAGGUUGAGAAAAUUGAGUUGAUUUCAUGUCAUUUAACGGAAGUUCUUGAUCCUUAUCGCUUUUUUUUUUUAGCUUUGGCAUCAUGCUUCUCAUAUUUUUUUGUGUAAUUGUACAUAUCGCGGGUCACAUGUAGAUAGAAGAAUAAAUAUACGACUAUAUGCUCUGGAAAUUCAGUUGGUGCAAGAGAAGUGCCUCACACUGCCCAACACGAACUGUUUGUGCAUGCAUAGAUUGCAUGAAUGAUUCUUAUUAUGUUACUGAUGUAACAGCUGGCCUUCUUUUCUUU